GCGCCCGCCAGCACCAUGGAGCUUUUCGGGAGCUUCGUCCGCCCCCGUGGAGAGACUCUGGGGUUCCCAGCUCGUCCCAGCAACACCGGCGCAGUGAAGACCUUGGGCAACACCUAUCAGUUCACGGUGGACGUCAGCGACUUCGCCCCCGAGGACAUCAUCGUCACCACCUCCAACAACCAGAUCGAGGUGCAUGCUGAGAAGCUGGCUGCUGAUGGCACCGUCAUGAACACCUUCACCCACAAAUGCCAGCUGCCCGAAGACGUGGACCCCACAUCAGUGUCGUCCUCGCUGGGGGAUGAUGGCACGUUGACCAUCCGGGCUCAGCGCCAGCCCGCCAAGCACACCGAGCACGUCCAGCAAACCUUCCGGACUGAGAUCAAGAUCUGAGGGGUCAGGG